GGUCGCCGGCCCCUCCCGCCUCAUGUGGCCCGGCCCGGCGGCCGGCGGCUGAAAGCGGCGAGGCGGCGGCGCGCGAAGCCCGGAAGGCGGCGGCCGAGGCCCAGGCGGCGGACCGGAGCGGCGGGAGCGGGGCCCGGUCGGCCCUCGAGCGGCCGCCGGCUCAGCAUGCGCGCCCGCCGGGGCUGCUGCGGCUGCCGCGCCGCUCCCUGCUCGCCGCGCUCUUCUUCUUCUCGCUGUCGUCCUCGCUGCUCUACUUCGUCUAUGUGGCGCCCGGCAUAGUGAACACCUACCUCUUCAUGGUGCAGGCUCAAGGCAUCCUGCUUCGGGACAACGUGAGGACCAUCGGUGCCCAGGUGUAUGAGCAGGUGGUUCGCAGCGCCUACGCCAAGAGGAACAGCAGCCUGAAUGACUCAGAUUAUCCUCUGGACUUGAACCACAGUGAAGCCUUUCCCCCAACCACAACAUUUCUUCCUGAAGAUUUCACCUACUUUGCCAACCACCCUUGCCCGGAGAGGCUCCCUUCCAUGAAGGGCCCGAUAGACAUAAACAUGAGUGAGAUCAGAAUGGACGAUAUUCAUGAGCUCUUCUCCAGAGACCCGGCCAUCAGGCUUGGAGGACACUGGAAGCCUGCAGACUGCGUGCCUCGGUGGAAGGUGGCCAUCCUCAUCCCUUUCCGGAACCGCCACGAGCACCUCCCAGUCCUCCUGCGACACCUGCUCCCCAUGCUCCAGCGCCAGCGCCUGCAGUUUGCCUUCUAUGUGAUCGAGCAAGCUGGCACCCAGCCCUUUAACCGAGCCAUGCUCUUCAACGUUGGCUUUCAAGAAGCCAUGAAGGACUUGGAUUGGGACUGUCUGAUCUUCCAUGACGUCGAUCACAUACCUGAGAGUGACCGAAACUACUAUGGCUGUGGACAGAUGCCCAGGCAUUUUGCAACCAAACUGGACAAGUACAUGUACCUACUUCCCUACACAGAGUUCUUUGGCGGUGUGAGUGGCCUGACUGUGGAACAGUUCCGGAAAAUCAAUGGCUUCCCUAAUGCCUUCUGGGGCUGGGGCGGAGAAGAUGACGACCUGUGGAACAGGGUACAAAAUGCAGGCUAUUCUGUGAGCCGGCCAGAAGGGGACACAGGAAAAUACAAGUCCAUUCCUCAUCACCAUCGAGGAGAGGUCCAGUUUCUUGGCAGGUACGCUCUGCUGAGGAAGUCAAAGGAGCGGCAAGGACUGGACGGUCUCAACAACCUGAGCUACUCUGCUAACGUCACGUACGACGCCUUGUAUAAAAACAUAACUGUCAACUUGACACCCGAGCUGGCUCAGGUGACUGAGUACUGAGACGCAAGGAGAAACACACCCACCUACCCACCCCUCGGACGGGCUGUGAUGCGCCAUCCUGGGGUCAACACAGGAGGACAGAAAGAGAGUGGAGCACAGGACCACAGGGCUCCAGAAAACUGUCACAGAGCACAUGCACAAAGGCCUUCGCUGCAGGGCCCAACAGGGACAGGAGACUUGAGGACACUGUCAUCAGCACUGGCUUCUAUUCUACAAGACAGAUGUCUGCCCUGCUGCUCUCUUCCGUCCACCCAGGUCCUGUCUCAGCUGCAAUCUCCAGAAUUGCAGGGCCAGGCUAGGCGCCCCAGGAUAGACGGAUGGCCAAGCCCAGAGGCUUCCAUGGUCAGCCAGCCCUGGCUUGAAGCAGACCGGCUAUGCCGGUCUCUGCAUCUCUGGAGUUCUCUUUGGCUUUCAUUUGGUUUAGUUUAGGGUUUUUUUUUCUUUUCUUUUUAAAGAAAUUUUUCUGCUUUAGGUGGGGACUGAGGGCGGAGGGGAGGGACUUGGGGUGAUAGACACAUACCAGUCACUUCUUGAAGAAGUGCAGUUGUAAAUAAGCCAUGUAAGAUGCCUUUUUAAAGUUUAAUUUUAUAGCUGGCUCCACUUCAAAGUGAGAGCUUCACAUAUUAAGAUCACCUUGGGUGGCAAACACAACUUGGUUCCCACACAGUUGAGUGCCAUCUCCCAAGUCCCAGUCAUCUAGGAAGGAAAUGAAUGCAGUCCGCUCCUUACAGCCCCUCUUGUCUGCCCUGCCCCUCUUUCCUGCCUCUCCCUUCCCUUCCUUCCUCCUUCCCCCUCUAUAGGGGCUUCCUCCUAGAGACUCAGCAGCUAAGCUGGAAAUACUGUUGGGGCACAGUGCUGUCCCCUCUUACAGACCCCGAGCCAGCCGGGAUGUGAGGGGGAGGGGAGGCAGAGGCACAGGGCACAGGCUAUCACUCCAGUGUGGAUGGCAGGGCUGGAGAGCAGGAGAUCUGAGGCCAGCGAGCUAUGUCACAAGUUCCAAGUCAGCCUGUGCUACGUAUGCAGCCCACUCCAGCUCCACAACAUCUCACACGCAGAGUGGCUGUUGGGUGACUGUUCCCUCUUUUCUUUGGAACUUGGCCACAGUUUCUCUGGGCCCUGCUUGCAUGACCAGCUGGCUUCAGUGAUUUCUCCGUUUCCCUUUUUAGUUUCUAGGAAGCUGCUGUGCUUGUGCUAAGAAGCCAUUGGUUGGGGAGGGCACAGCCAGGGAGCAGGUGGCCCUGGGGUGCAUGGCGGCCAGGGUCCGGGUGAGCUCUCACCAGAUCCUUGACAGGCGGCCCAGCAGUCCCCCUGCUUCCUGACAUCAGUUCCUAAGGCACCUCCUUCCUGAACCAGAGCUCCUUCCUGUGUCUGCCUCCCUGCAGCCUCUGUCCCUGAAGCAGGGAUCUGUGUGUGGCGAGGAGCGCUCUCCUCUGGCCUCCGGCUGUUCGCCUUUUUGCCUUCAGCACCCUUGAUGUUCAUGGUUUACAUGGGUGGGGGUGGGGUGUAGAUACACGGGGAUGGGGUUUACAUCACACAGUUGGUUCUGAGGACAGAUGAUCCCCACAGACUGUGGGAGUGAUUGGCCAGGCCUUUUUUUUGUUCUUUUUGUAGAGUAGAGUGGUAUCUAGGGAACAGAUGGCGCUGCAGAGUGCUUCCCGCUCGUAUGAGAGAGCAGGUGCCUGCCCUUGAGAGCUGGUGAGCCACGUCAUCUGUUUGCACUGGGCAAGGAGCUGCACGCGGCGCUGCGUUGACUUGCCUUUGUCUUACGGUACACACAGCAAUAAAGAUUGGGUUCCGCCUGCCCGGCUCGACCCUCCACCCCCCUGUGUUAUUUUACAGUGCGGGGAAGGAAACCCAUGGCUGAUGUGCUAGGCAAGAGCUCUGCCACUGAGUCACGGGUCCAGCCCUCUCUCCCCUCAUUCUUCUGUUUCCACUCUGAAGGCCAGGGAUGCUGUCGCUGUGGUAGAGCCUUGGUGUCCGUGGAGGGACAGUGGUGUGUGUAGCAUGUGUCCUGGCUGAAGCCCUGCAUCCUCACAAUAGCCACAGGGCACCUUUUUAAGCCAAAGGCUGAUACUUGAUUUAAGAAGGAAAAUGCAGAUUUGGGGACAAAGAAAGGUCUUUUUACUGCUCAAGUCGGGUCACUUAUGUUCCCUUGCAAUCAUGUCCAAGUUUGUUAUUAGUGUGGACUCUUGUGGGCACUGUCGGUCAUUGUCCGCCCAGUCACAUACCGAGUGGGAAAUGUCACAGUCAGAGCCACACCACUGGACCACACAUUAGGUCAUUGCUUAAAGAAAAUGACAUUGAGAAUCAAGUGUGACCUUGGUGUACUUUGGCAGCUGAAAUUAUUCCAUGCUACAGACGAGUGACCCUUAAGCCGACCUGCCCUUGACUGACUGCCCUGUGUGUGCAAGGUCUCUCUCCGCACAGGCUUUCUUUGGGGAGGGGGGAUUUGCAAAACUUUAAUUUUGCUAAAAUGGGGACUCCUGUCAUCGAGUUCCUUCCUCAGAGGACAGCAGCAGAGCGGCAGAGCACACACUGACUGUGCCCACCAUCGACGAGGCACUGACGCCACUGGCUUAGCCACCAUUACUGUCUUUGUUCUGAGCUUGCUCUUUGUUUUAAAGGUGCCAGGGGGACAUUUUUGCACUGAAGCCUAAAGAUGUUUUAAAAACACUUUUCACAGAAAUAGUCCUUGUCAUUACAUUGUUCACUCAUGUGUUUGUACAUUUUUGUAUGUUAAUUUAUGAAUGAUUUUUUCAGUAAAAAAUACAUAUUCAAUAACCAAA